AUGAAGUCCAGUUCAACAAGUCCUUUUCUCAUGAAUGAGCUCCUUGCUCUAGCUGCCACGCACAUAAGCAUCCAGCGUCCAUCCGAGCGGAGUAUUUACCGCCACCAUGCUACUCAAUUGCAAAACCAUGCCCUAGCUUCCUUCAAUAACGCCCAGAAUUCUGAGGAACCAGAGGGGUACAUGUGUCGAUUCAUUUUCUCGUCCAUGCUUGGCGUGCAUAUGCUGUGUGACACUUUGCAUUUUCGCGACCCCGACUUUACCCUGUUCCUCGAUUCUUUCACUCACUACCUCCGCAUACACUGCGGGGUACGUUCGGUAAUGCGCAACAAGUGGCAAGCUCUGAAUGAAACCGCGCUUGGGCCUGUUUUGCGAGACGGCGAAUUAAGAUUGCAAUCUAAAACGAAUGAUGGCUUGGGCCCGGAGUGCAGUAGGCUCCUAGGAUUGGUUGAACGGUCAAAUCUGGGACCUUCGAUUACCGCAACUUAUCACACUGCUAUUGAGAGUUUGCAAAUGGCGUUCAACUCAGUGUCAUCUACCGAUUCCCCCAGAGGUUAUUGUGUGGGUGUUGUUUCUUGGCCUGCAACACUAUCCUCUGAGUAUAUUGAUCUUCUUACGCGUCGAUCUCCAGAUGCUCUGGCUAUUUUGGCACACUACGCGGUUAUUCUGCAUCACCAUCGGAAUCUGUGGUUGUUUGGCGAUGGUGGCCGUUACUUGAUUCAAUCUAUAAGUGAAUUUCUGGGACCUGGCUGGGCGGAGUGGGUGGCAUUCCCUAAUCACGCCUUGAGUGAGCCUACUACACCGAUGUCACACUUGACAUAG